AUUUCUUUAAAAAAUAAAAAACAGGAUUCUGGAGAAAAACCUGAAACAAUGUCACACAAGGAUGCAGCAAUGUUUCCUAUUAUUGCAAGCUGUGCUCUCUUUGGCAUAUACAUAGUAUUUCAAGUAAGUUCAACUCUUCCUGAAAGAAAAUAAGGGCCCCUUACUUUGCAUCAAUGUUAAGUUAGCCUGCUUUCUUUUAACUGUGACAAAUGCAACGGGUAUUUUGUGAAUUGAGUGCCUGAAUGUUGAAUCUGUGAUACUGCUUUCACACACAUCUCAAGAUUUGCUUGAUUAUAAUAUGCUAAAGAAUAUUUUUUUCACCACAUUCUACAACUUUCUAAAAAAAAAUACCCAAAUAUUUUUUAAAAAUUCCUCAGAGGAAACACAUUCAGAAUUUUUAUGAACAAAGCUUUUAAAAAUAAAUAUUUGCAAGUAAAAAAAAGACUUUAAAAAAUAAUCAACACACAAUAGCAUAAUAAUGUUCCUGGAGAAAAUUAUAAAAUCUCCUAAGACCUAUUCUUAAGCUGACCACCCCAUUUAUUCUCCUAAAAAAUUUCAACAAAAAAAAUUCUAGCUUGUGAAAAAAGAAUAUAUUGGUGCUAUCUGUGUGUUUGGCUGUGAACACAUGAUGCCCACUUUAAAAAAUAAAAUAUUUCAUCUGCCUCUGCCUCACCGUAUUUUUAAAACCUAUUUCCAUCUCAUAAAUAUCUCUCAAAUUCUAUUACCGGUACACUUAUGUAGUGAUGUUUGAUAUUAAACUUAAAAUGCAUUUUAAUGCUUUCAUUGGUGGAGCAGAUCUCAGUAAUCGUUUAUCCUUAUUUUCAACAUGUGAAUUAACAUGUGUCUGUACUCCAUCUACAUAGCCCCAUUCUUAUUACAUAGCCCCAUUCUUAUUUUCCAUAAUACCAACAUUAUAUUCACGUUUAAAUCUUCCCUUUUCACAAACUUAUUUUUGUCCUCUUUUGUCAUUUUUUCUCUCAUUUCUACUCUGCCCCCAACCCCACUAUUUCACAUACUUAAAUCCUCUUAUACAAUUUAAUUUUUGCUCUUAUUUGUUAUUAUUAAUUAGGUAUUAUUUUUAUCAACUUCAUAACAUUUUCUAUGCAGACAUCUUUUAAAAAUUAAAAUAUUAUUUUUAAAAAUGCGCUUGAUCUUCUCCCGCAGUUGCAAACUGUUAUCAUAAAUAAGCAUGUAUUCCCUGUUUGAUUAUUGAAUUUGAUUUUGAUUCAUUUUCAAGAAUCUCUAAUUUUUUUUCCACAAUCAAUUUAAUUCAGAUAUUUUCCAAAGAGUAUAUCAAUCUGCUACUGACAGCUUACUUCUUUAUUCUUGGUGUCCUUGCCUUAACUCACAUACUAGGGUAAGUUAUGUGUGACUAAUCUCUUAAUGUGUGUUAAAUAAAAGUGGACAUUUUCUGAUUAGACUUUUGGUUUUUGAACUGCCUAUAAACUUUCUUUAAAAUUUGUGGCAUGAGUUUAAAUUUGGCUUUGUUAUCUCCUCAGGCCCCUUUUCAGUAAACUUCUCACAGAUUCUUUUCCCAACAAAGAUUAUCAUUUAAUUCUCACUCAAGGGAAAGGAGAUAAAAAAGAAGGUAAUUAUGCCAACUUUGUCAAGUAAUGUAACUACAUUCCAUGAUGUGGUGCAGUCAUUAAAAAGAUUUUAGGAAUAAUUGUCUUAUUUACCAAUACUUCAAAAAUUGUGAUCCUUAAAAUUUAGGAGAUAGUACGCACUGUCAUUAGGGGUGUGCCGGAUCCGUUUUGUCCAACCGGAUCCGGAUCCGGAUUUUCUUAUGCGAAAUCCGCCGGAUCCGGAUUCCGGAAUAAUCCGGAUUCCGGUUUCUCCCUGAUUUUGGUACUAUUGGUAGAUACUUCGGUAAGUCAAGGUGGACUACUACUUUUUGUGUAUGGGAAUUCGCAAUCGGCGCCAAAAAAUCCGAGUUUUUAAUUUUCCGAUGUGUGUGUCUAUUUAUUAUUAAAUUAGUACUUUGGAUAUAUAUUUGAGUUCCGUUCCAUUUGGAUAAGUGUCUUACGAGAGACGCCAUGUUUCUAUGCGUUCGCAGCAGGUCAUGCAGCUCGCUCAACCUAAUUUCGCCAUGGGGUUGGCCACGCCCCCCUUUUUAAUGGCGGAAGUUGACGAUACUUAGGAAAUAUUAAUAUAUUAUCACUAUUUACAUCAAAAUAAUUGAUAACUUGUGUUUCAGAAUGCAUUUAAAGACAUUUAAACUGGAAUGUUUUAAUUUGAGCUUUAACAACCCGGUAGAAUCCAUAUUAUAAAUGAUCAGAAUUUACCGUGUGCAACACGUUGUCAUUGGCAACCAUUCACAGCCACUUGCAUAACUGUAUCGUAGUACUACCUCAGAGUUUCAUUCAUAAGAGUUUGCCGUGUGCAAAAACUAUUAAACCAUUGGUCAGGGAAAGCUUUAAUUAAUUAUUCAUGUGCCAAAGUUGAAAGUUUAAACUAAGUCUAAACAGUAUUUUAGUGAUAAGGCAGGGAAUGCGUUGCCUUAUAUAAACUAUAUAGUCAUUGCGCAUGACGGGAUUGGCGGAAUGAGAUCACAGAAUGUGGAGAUGCAGUCCAUGUUAAAAAAUGACAAACCAAGUCGUACUUUAAAAAUUCAUAACUUUAAAACUACAACAGCUAAAAAUAUGAUUUUGGUGUUAUAAUUCUUUAAAAAAUUACAUCUUUUCAACUAUGCCAUUGGUUUAUUUUUACAAAAAGUUUAAAUUUUCUUAUCAAAGUCCCUACACUAUUGGCCACUAUUAGCGGUGCUGACUCUAGCCUCUGGUAUGUACGGAAUAUUAAACAUUAAACAAGCUCAACGCUCGAAAAAAUCGAUUAAUGUAUCGUGAUCGUGUGGAAUUCGGGAAAGAGAAUUACUUUUAUUUCAGAUUAUGAUCCGGUGAGUCACAAAAAUCUGGCAAAUUCCGAAAUCCGGUAUAUUCCGGAUUCCGGAAUCCGGUUGUUCCGGAUACAUGUAAAUCCGGCGGAACCGGAUUUCACCGGAUAGUGCAAAAUCCGGAGGAACCGGAUUCCGGACCGGGGUCCGGCACACCCCUAACUGUCAUGAUUCAGAUUUGUCUAAGUUUAUUGCAGACACAACCUAUUUCUUACAGGGUUGAUAAGCUUAAUGUAAACAUUAAAUCAUAAAAAAUAUAAUUGAUAUUGUGCAGUUAUAAUGUCAAAGACUAUCAAUAAUAAACAAACAAAAAUAUCCAAGUCAUAUAUAUAUUUAUUAAUAUUCAGCAAAUAUAAUAUUCUUAUUUAAAAAUAAUGUAUAAAAUCCAACUUAAAAUAAUUAACUUGAACAUUUUCGGCGAUCCCCUGUGUUAAAAAUUAAAAACCUUAAUGAAUUAUGUCAUCAUAGUGCUAUCAAAUUUUAAAGUUAAACAUAAUUUUACACAUGCAUAGUUUUCUUUGUGCUCUAAAUUCUAAGUGCUACCUCAUUCAUGAUCUCUGCAAGGUUUUUCACAUUUUUUCAUUAAGUCAUUUGGUGGCUAAACACACAUGAACAUAAGAAUGAUUUUAUUGACUUUUGGCACAUUAUUUUAUGUUUAGAGUACCAUUCAAAAUAAAUAUUCUCUCUCUCCUGCAAGAAUCAUGUUUAUUUUUUCAUUAUUUAAAGUUCAACUGUCCUCAACUGUUGUGAAUAGCUUUACUUUAUCCAUGCUCUGCAUAAUUUUGUAUUUAUAUUAUUUAACUUCAGAUCUGAUGAACUAUGAGUUUGAUCGCAAAGAUCUGGUUAGUCUACUUAUCUGUGGUGUGUUUGGCAUCUGGUAUCUGUGGAAGAAGGUACGCCAAAGUAAAGGAUUGUUUAUGAUUUUAAAUAAUAUUUUAAUUUAUGUUCAUUUAUUAAAAGCCAUUCGCAGUUUGCAUAUAUUUUGUUCACAUUUUUCUUAAAACGGAUAGUGUUUCUUUUGAGUCUUCUUUCUUUGAGACAUGAAAGAUAGUGCAAAUACCCUUCUCCAAAUAUUACAAGAUUUCAAAAGCAUACUAGUAUUACUACAUUUAUAUAAUUUCUAAUAUUUUUAUUAUGUUUUACAUUAUUGUUUAGGUACGACUUGUAUACCGGUACAGGUAUAUUUAAAAAAUAGAGAUGACCAGGGUUUCAUGAAUCAUAUACUGGUAUUUUAUUAUUCGUUCAUCUUCUUUUUACAGCAUUGGAUAGCCAACAAUCUGUUUGGCCUUGCCUUCUCUAUCAAUGGAGUAGAACUGCUAUCUCUAAAUAGAGUCAGUACGGGAUUCAUCCUGCUAGGCGGACUUUUUAUUUAUGAUAUUUUUUGGGUAAUUUUUUUACUGUGAUUAGAUAAUAUUCUCAUGUCACCAUCAAAUUUCAUUAAAUUCAGGUCUGCUGAUUUCAUCUUUCCAAAUACAAAUGAUAAUUAUUGUUUCACUACAAAAUUGGGAUUUUAAUAAUUUCAAAUUUAAAAUUUUCUACAUUGCCUAGUUAUAUAGAAAUCUUAAAAUAUGUACUUCAUAGGCCUAUAUAUUAUGUCCUAUUUAUAUGCUAAUAAGAAUAAUGAACUUAUGUUUUUAGAGACUUUGAUACAAGAUGUGAAAGUUUCUAAAGUACUUGAUUUAGUUUAUCUUUAGUUGUAGGUGAAAAUAAUGAUUACACUAUGCAUUUUUUAAACAUUUCUAAUCUUAGGUGUUUGGAACUAAUGUGAUGGUAACUGUGGCCAAAUCUUUUGAAGCACCAAUCAAAUGUAAGUUCUAUUAACAUAAUCAACUCUUUACUGUUCAUUGAUAUUUCUUUUAGAAUUGCUACUGUGUUCAGAUUUUUAAAAAAAAAUGUUUUAAUUUUGGUUAUGUUUAUGUCAGUGGUAUUUCCUCAAGAUCUACUUGAGCAUGGAUUGGGUGCUAAGAACUUUGCUAUGCUGGGCCUUGGAGACAUUGUCAUCCCAGGAAUAUUUAUUGCUCUGCUCUUGCGAUAUGAUAUGAGGUGAGUUGAAACUGUAUCUGCUCCCCGGUAUGGUUUAAGCCAUUUGCAAAAGAUUAUGAGAUAAGCCUGUUGUUGUAAGUUCAUCAUAAAAUAUUAUUUUUAUGUGGAUAUAAUUGUUUAGAGACAUCAAAACAUUUAUUUUAUAAAUGUACAAUUAUUUUUUAACAUUUUUUUUUUCAGCCUUAAAAGAAAAAGUACGGUUUAUUUUUAUGCCGGUUUUAUUGCUUAUUGUUUGGGUCUGGGAACCACGAUAUUCAUCAUGCACUUUUUCAAACACGCCCAGGUAACUCAUUUUAAAAUCGCCUUUUUAUUUUUUCCUCUAGCUAACUGUUUAGAAAUAUUGUCUCACCCUGUCUAACAUCAGGUUUCAAUAUAAUCGUAUUAAAAUCAAAUGGUAAUCAAUAAAACUGAAUUAUAUUCGUUUGAAAUUUAAAAAAAGAAAUAUUGCUAAUACAUUAAAAAAAAAUUACAUUUAGAAAUGGGGAAAAUUCCAGCAUUACCAGUAUUAAUUCUUGAAAUUAUUAUAAGAGUCGAAGUCCAGUUUUUAACUUAGAGGUUAGCAGUUAAGUGCUUAAUAGCCCCAAUGCAAAGAUGGUUUUGAGACAUAUAUUAACAGUUAAAAAUAUGCAUCAUUUUGUUUAUUACACUAUUUUAAUUGUCAAACAGGUACUGAUACCUAAUUUUGUAAUUUUUAAAAUUAUUUAUAUGUAGACCCUCAUAUUUUCUUUUAGAUAUAGUGAUGUACAAUUCAAAUAAGAUUAAGCAUACCCAAAAUAUAAAUUUCUUAAGGAAGGAUUAAAAGAUUAAAGUUCGAUGUAAAAGUAAAAGUGGCAUAUUUGAAAAAAAGAACAUUGCUUCUUUCUUUCUUUUUUUUUACAGCCUGCAUUGUUAUAUUUAGUACCUGCUUGUCUUGGACUUCCAACUCUCCUAGCUUUAAUCAGAGGUGACACUAAAUCAAUGUUCAAGUAAGUUUUAAUUUUUUAAUUUGGUAGUAAUUAAUAUAAAUACUCAAAAUUGAUUACAGCGUUUGUAUUGUGAUAGUUUUUUAAGUUAAAAUUAUUAUGAAUAAAUCUCUUGAGGCCUAUUUGUAACCUACCAGACCUGUUUACUCUUACAAUUUUGGUGUACGCCAAGACCUAUCAGAAUACGAUUUGAAGAGAACGGGUUGAAAAUACUUAUUUUCUGGUUGUUUUUCUGAUUUAAAAAAUUUAAAAACUACAUUUUCGGUUGUUAGUUUCUAUGUCCAGCCAUGGAUGGAUUGAGAAAUAGGAUUGUUUGGGGAGCAUAUAAUUAUAUGACGUUUGCCAUGAGGGGGCUAGUGGGUGUUGUUGAUUGAGGGGAUCAAUAUUAGGGAAGUCGCCCAAAUGACAAUUUUACUCUCUUCUCUGUUUUGUUUGCUUCGGUGCAGUAUUAUAUAAUUUAAUGACAAUUAUUUCAUUCGGCUAUACUGUGGUGAGUGCAAAAACUGAGAAAACUAGUUUGUUUUUAUUUUUUAAAACCAGAAUGCAUUCUCAACUGUUCAGCUCAGCAACAUUAGAUUUUGAUAAUGUUUUAUAGGAUCUGAGUGGACCUUUGAAAUAUUUUUUAGAAAGCAUAAAACAGCUGUAAGAUUUUUAAUACCACCGUUUGGUUCCAACACUUCUCUUCUUUUCUCCCAUUUACAGUUUGUGGUACGGUACGGUAGUUAUGAGACUAUAAUAAGGUUACAGCUUGUGGUAGCUAUCAGACUAUAAAUACUAUAAUUUGUUAAAAGGAAACAAGCUUAAUGGCUAUUCAUUCUUAUUUUUUAAUAAAAAUAAAACAGCUUUUCCCUGAAAAAUAAAUCUCAAAGUUACUUGGUAGGUUUUGUAAAUGACGUCCUCAUUUAUUCUUAUUUCAAUAAAUUUUAUUUUAUGAACUGACUUUGAGUUUGAAAAACCACAUUAAAUUUCACCAGUACUGUAACUUUAUUUUUUUAUCAGUGACAGACUGUGAUAAUGUGAUCUGCACGCUCACUCAAAUAUUAAUUGAUAUCUGUUGCAAAUAUACUUCUGCGAAACAAAGUGACCGCAGAUUGCAGUCAUCUACUUUUGGAAGUUAAAUUUUUUUUAUGUCACCUUAACUCGAUACCACUUGACACGUGAUGCGAGUAGUCGUUGCAUACAUUUUAUAUACUGUAUGUUUAUUUAUUUUUUAUUAAGAUAAAAUAUUUUACGAUUUUGAGAUGGUAUUGUACGAUUUUAGGAAUUCGAGGGUAAUCAGGUCUGUAACCUACAAUCUUCGUUAAAUGAAUUUCAUAAUUUUUUUUCCAGUUAUGAAGACCAUGCAGAAACCCCGACAAAAGAAGAAACUGAUAAAACAAAGUAAUUAAAGGUUUUGGAGAAGCUUUUGAUUUAAGAUACUUGAUUCUCAACAGUGAGAUGCUAAACUAGACUUAAACUUUGAUGGUGUAACACAGGCAUGCAUAUUUGAAAGCAUAUUGGUUAUUGUCAGUGCUUCAGAAGUAUUCCUUUUUCCAUAGUUUACUUUCUCAGAGCAUCAUUUAACUUUUACCAAUGUCAUAAAACAGAAGUGCAAUGACCUUGGUGUACUACAUGUUUAGAAUGAGAUCUAGUCAUUGAGUGCACUAUCAAUAUACGUUAAGUCUAAUUAAAGUAUCCUAUAAUUGUAAGACUCUUGAAUUUGGCAUGUUGUCUAUUUGAGUCAAUAGAGAGAAAAUUUAAUAAUUGUUUUAAAUGUGCUCAGUUAUGGUGAUAUGAAUGUGAUAAAUGAAUUCUGGUGUUUUGAAGGAUGCAUAUAGUACGAUCAGUUUCUCACUCUUUUUUUUUAAAUAACCUAUUUUUACCUAUGAAAUCAAUUCUAGGAAUACUAUUUUGUUUUUUCUUCCAUAAAACUUCCAUGACUUCCAUUUACAUGUAAAUCACAUGUCAUAAUAACAGUGUGCCACAUUUUCUGGGAUAAGGUAUUUAUUUAUGCCUGCACAGUAAUAGGUUUUGAAUGGGAAAUGAAUGUUGUUUUUAUCUUGUUUUUUUAUUUCACAAUUUGGUUAAGAAGAUUUAACUCCUUUUAUCCAGCUUACUCAACCUAAUGCCACUGCCAAUAUCGUUAAAUGGAGUUAGUACAUAUUUUUAAGUUGUGUGUCAUUAAGAAAAUAAACAUUUGCAUUUUACAUGCCGCAUGAUCUGUUAUUUGAAAAUCAUUUAAUAUUUUUAAUUCAAUAUUUUAAAGGUGUUGGGCUUACUGUUCUUGGCAUCUGUUUCAGCUACAAGGCAGGUUUGUGGUUUCUUAAAUGCUCUACUGAAAGAUAGAUUUAUAUCUACAAUUAAAUGACAGCAGGCCUUAUGUUAAGAAGUGUUUAAUGACUUGGAAGUGAUUUGGGUGUGUACAACUUAAAGAAAAGACAAAUUGUUCUGUCAGCUGAGGAAGGCUCUUACUCUUAGCUAAAACGUUCUUAUAGUGUUGUCCUGUCUUUCUGUUCAAGCUUCCACAUACCUUGUUCUACCAUUUCCUUAGAAGUAUUUACUUUUGGGUCGCAUGUGCAGUUAUUCAUCGAUUAAAUAUUUUUCCGGUACUUGUAGUUGUGUUAUGUCAAGUGGAACGUAUUAAAACAAGUGUGAACUAUAACACCAUAAAAUACCUACCGUACUUCUUGUCACUGAUUCUGGCUUAAAGUAAAAAGCAUUCAUUUCCUCCAUUUCAAAAUUUAAAAUAGAAAUAGAAUUGCUUGAAAAAAUACAUCAAACCUGUUUUUACUAAAUUCUCAGAUUUAAAAUAAAAUGUGACAUGGGGAUGGAUGCACUGAUGUUUUUUGGCAAACAUUUAUUACUGGAGUCCUGCUCAUUAGGCUUAACAUGUACCUAAAAAUAAGGUUUUACUAGCUUUAGAUCCCAGGCUUGUAAUUUUGAUUCGUCAUAUUCCUAUUCAUUUCAAUAAAUUACACUGAGGUGAAUCAAAUAAUUGAGUAUGACUUUGAAAUUUUAAUUUGAUGCAAAUACAUAUUUCCUAUUAUUAUAUUAUAUUAUGAUUCAUCUUUUACAGUAAGAAUUAUAACCUUUAAAAGUCACAUGCCCAAAAUAGAGGGGUUUUUGUUUUAUCACUGCUGGAAAAAGGUGUUAACUAUUCAUAGUUUUUCUCCCUAAGCAAAGAAGAAAACAUGAAUCUGCUCCAUAAGGGAAAAGCAAUGUGGUGGCAGAUUUGGAAUGUGGAAUAGUAUUAUUAUUAUUGUAUGAGCACUAUUUGUUUUAAACAGGGGAAGGAGGGAAUAUUUCAACAAAUGAGUACAAGGGGAAUGUGUAUGUUCACUAGCUGAAGAGGCAUCCAACUUAUAUCUUAAUUGUCGUUGGCUCUUAACUAAAAUUUACAAACUACAAUUACAAGUAUUCAUUUCAAACUUUUGCGCAAAAUUUUGUGUGUUUUAGUUAGUGCAAUAUUUAGAAAUGUGUUUCAAAUCAUUUGUGCUUACAGUUUAAGUACCUUUGGGGUGGUUAUAAAAUUUAACUCAAACUUGAUCACAUGAAGGAGAAUGUCCAGAGAUUUGGGG